CUACCCUUUUUUUUAUAUAUAUAUAAAAUAAAUAAAUGCAUAAAUGUCGUUUUCCUGUCAACGUUGCAAUCAGUCAUUAAAGAUUGAUGAUUCCUUAAUGAAUCUAGAGCAAGCAGCUGCUGAUAUGCUUAUUGCUCCAUUACUUGCAGAAGAACAGUAUGAGGCACAAGAACAUCAGAAGCGUGCAUCAAACAAGACGACAUUUCCAGAGCCCAUGUCUCGUAAACUGAUGGGAAUCAAAAAACCUAGUUCCACGCCUUCCUACACAACAUUAGAUAAACGAAGAAGCUUUCCUGUAUCAGAGUCUUUUGUCAUGCUUCCUCACCCUCAAGCUAUUCACCAUACAAGCAGUAGCAGCAGUCAUAUUCGUAGCACCAGUACAACUGCAAGGCCAGUUUCUCUCUUGACCUCCAAGUCAACCACUGUCCUCGGCAGUGCUUCCAAAUCUACAGCAACAACAGCACAAGAUAACGGUUCUUCUUUUAUGUCUAGCCCGAGCGCUGCAGCUAUAGAAGAGGCAAACUGGACGAGAAACAACAGUUUAUCUCAUCGAUUGAAAGUUGCCAACCGUUUGUUUGAUAUCAUGUCAAGCAAGUCAAACGUAGACCAUCCUUUAUGUCAGGAGUGCACAGAUAUGCUUUUAGAAGCUUUAGAGAAGCAGUUGGAGGACGUGAGUCGUGAGAGAGAUUGCUAUAUUGAAUUUAUGAAAAAGGUAAAAGAUAGCAAGUUGAGCGAUGAAGAAGAGCAAGAGCUUAAAAAGCAGCUUGAGGAGCUACAAGUAGCAGAAGAUGAGGCGUUGGAAGAGCUAUCAGGGCUACAAGAGGAAGAGAAAAGGCUUGAACAGGAACUACAGAGCUUGGAACAGGACUUGAAAUUAUUGAACCAAGAAGAAGACCAAUUUUGGGAGAAAUGUAAUGAAUAUCAACUGGAUCUUGACGCAUUUCAAAAUGAAAGAGAUUCUAUCAAUUUGAAAUAUGAUCAUGACGUGAGACAAUACGAAAAAUUGCAGAAAACAGUGGUUUAUAAUGAUGCGUUCUGUAUAUCGCACGAUGGGCCCUUUGGAACGAUCAAUGGGUUUAGAUUAGGUAGACUCAGUACACAUCCCGUCGAGUGGAAUGAAAUCAAUGCAGCGUGGGGCCAGACGUUAUUGUUGUUGUAUACUAUAGCCAAUAAGCUAAAGUUCCAAUUCCAGACAUAUCGAUUGGUUCCUAUGGGAUCAUUUUCAAGAGUAGAAAAGAUAGAGGGUGACAGUGUGCUAUCUUAUGAACUAUAUGGUUCAGGUGACUUUGGGCUUAAUAGAAUGUUUUUAAAUAGAAGAUUUGAUCAUGCAAUGGUAGCUGUUUUAAAUUGUCUAAAGCAAUUGACAGACUUUGCAGAAGAAAAGGAUAAGAGUCUUCGAUUGCCUUAUAGGAUCAAUAAGGACAAGAUUGGCGAUCUAUCCAUUCGAUUACAGUUCAACCAAGACGAAUCAUGGACAAAGGCAUUAAGAUAUAUGCUCACUAAUAUGAAGUGGAUCCUUGUAUUUGCAAGUAGAGCCAAUACUUCAAAUGAGCCAUCAAAAUGAUUAUUCAUAAACAAUAAAUCCCCUUUUAUACCCCCCUCUAUGUUCAUCAAUCGUAGUUCAAAGCGUAACUGCACUCGAAAAAGACUAAAUGCGGACAAUAAAAAAGUAGCAUAAACUCGAAA